UUCUAUCGACACGUCGAAGCGGAGAUUUGUACUAGUGCCGAACAAUCAGUAGGCCAUAUAGGAGAAACACAGUUUGUUUAAGAGUAUAGUUUCCUUUAUCUGAUUCAUGCCAGAGAGAGAAUAAACAAGCAAAACGCAAUGGUCGCAAUGGGACGCUCAAGUGCCACCGUCUCUCCAAAAGUGCAGGUCGGGGAAGUAGACACGAGUGCACCUUUUACAACAGUUAAAGAUGCCGUCACUCGUUUCAGUGAAGCUACUUUCUCUGGGGAAAAACCCACCAUGAAAGCAGCAAAAGCUCGCCCUGCAGAGAGAGUGUUGGCAAAAGAGACUCAGCUUCACCUGGCUCAAAACGUAUUGAACAAAUUUAAGGGGCGCCUCGAAAAUGCCGAGACAACUAAGUCUCAAGCACUCGAAGAUCUCGAAAGGGCUAAAACAACGGUCGAGGAACUGACUCACAAACUCAAAACUGCCAACGAAGCAAAGAAUUCUGUGAUCAAGGCUACAGAAGCUGCAAAGGAUCAGGCAAAGCAGUUUGAAGAAACAAAUUCCGGUGAUCUCCCUGGAACCAAUGGUGCUAGGAGCCAAGACUUGGGGACUGCGAAUGAACAAUACACAACCGUGAUUACCGAACUUUAUGCUGCAAAACAAGAACUGAGCAAGGCUCGCAAGCAACGUGAUGCAUCCUUAGAAGCAAAAAUUGCUGCUUUCAACCAAGCAGGAGAAGCUGAACACGCAGUUAAAGUUAACAUUGAAAAGGUUGGAGCACUCUCCAGGGAGAUUUCAGCUGUACAGGAAUCGAUCGGAAAUGUUAAGCUUGCAUCUCUUGAAAUACAGAAAGAACAAGCUAAACUAUAUGCCGAAAAAGAUACCCAGAGGCAAUUAUAUAAAGCUAAAAUUGAAGAGUCCACAAAGAGGUUGCUUGCUUUAAAGAACGAAUCUGACAUUGAACUUGCAAGAAAUCUUGAGGCAAAACUGUGCAAAACUGUCAAUCAGAUUGCGGAUUUGCAGAAGCAGAUUAAAUAUGCAAAGGCUUCCGAUCUGGAGUCCGUGCAAGCUGUUACUUCAGAGCUCGAUGGUGUUAAAGGAUCACAGCAAAAAGUCAUUAACAAGGAAAACUUGUUGAGGAAUUUGGUGGAGUCUCUUAAGGUCGAACUAGAGAAUGUGAAGAAAGAGCAUUCGGAACUGAAGGAGAAGGAAGCGGAAACAGAGUCCAUUGCAGGGAAUCUGCAUGUCAAGCUUCGAAGAAGUAAAUAUGAUUUUGAUGUUUUCCUUGCAGAGGAAUCCAAAACAAGAGGAGCCUACGAAGAAAUGAUUUCAACCCUCCAACAGCUAUCCGUUGAAACGGAAGGCGCACAACGAGAAGCAGAAGAGAUGAAGAAGGAAACUGAGAAGUUGAAGUUGGAAGCUGAAGCCUCGAGAGUUAGGCUCAAGGAAGCAGAUAAGAAGUUGAGAAAUGUUUCUGAAGAAAAUGAAGCUGCAAAAGAAGCUGAGACACGGGCACUUGAUCAGAUAAAGAUGCUCUCCGAAAGAAUAAAUGCUGCCCGUGCUUCAACCCCAGAAUGUGGAGCUGAUAUCACCAUCUCUGGGGAAGAAUUCGAGUCUUUGAGCCAUAAGGCUGAGGAGUCGAAUAAUAUAGCUGAAAUGAAAGUAAAGGCUGCCAUGGCUCGGGUAGAAGCAGUGAAGGCUAGUGAAAAUGAGGCUCUCAAGAGGAUUGAGGCGAUUCAGAAAGAGAUUGAAGACAUGAAGGCCGCAACCAUGGAUGCUUUGAAGAGGGCAGAGGUCGCUGAAGCAGCAAAGAUGGCGGUGGAAGGAGAGCUCCAAAGAUGGCGUGAAAGGGAACAGAAGAAAGCAGCCAAAGCAGCAGCACAGAUUCUACCAGAAUCAUCCUCACGGCAUGGCAGAAAACAAAAACAGAACGCAUCGGAUAGAAUUGUUCAGGUUCAAAAGUUAGAAAAAUCGAAGUCAUCUCGAAAAAGCCAGUCAGUAUAUUGAAUCAAAGAAACAACCAAAUCGACAGCGGAUCUCCAACAUAUUGGUCUGGUGAGAAGUCUGUGAACAUUGCAGUCAACCAGAUCUACAUCAAUAGAUCGGUUCGGCUAAAAAUAUCAGAAAUGACACUGAUUAGUUUAUUGA